AUGAGUAGACGCUUCAAACUUUUGCUCGUCCUCCUGUUCAUUGGAUCACAGACAAGUCAUGGCGGCUGGCUCGACGGUGUACAGAAAGGUUUUGAUUGGGCAAAAGAUAAAGCUAAAAAAGGUGCUGAUUGGACAGCAGAUAAAGCUAAAGAAGGUGCUCACUCUGUUAGAAAAGUGAUCAGGCCAAUUAACCCUCUGGAUAGUAGGUUUUAAAUUUAAAAAAAAAACUGUAGCGGUUUUAUUGAAAACUGGAGCCGUUUCGUUUUGAUCAAGUUUGCUUGUUUUUAGAGGCUACGUGCCCGGAAUUGAGCAAGUUGAACUUUAAUUGGGUAUUACCUCAUGAGAUCGACCCUCCACCGCAUUACGAAAAUCCGUGUCAGAAAGGAGAGGAGUGCGUGACCGUCGAUGUAAACCAGUUUACUAUGUUUAUGGAAGGAUACAACGUAAGUAUUUUGCUUUGAAACACAUGAUAGGAUAGGGACGGCAAAAUUACCACAGGCAGGGGGAGAUGGUAUUCAAGACUCGUUUUAUGUUUUGCUUUUUUAGGACCGAUACCGCAAUCACGAUUACAUGAACAUCAGAUCGUGUAAGUUUAAUGGUUUAGGUGUUAUAUUGUUACCUACGUAUGAUGUUAAUUUCUGAAUUACAGAUUGGAAUCCAGAGUUGGAGCGCUGGGACCUUGGCCCUCAAAUGAAAGGAGACAAGAAACACAGGUAUGAUAACAUAUCAUUUGAGUUAUAGUGUACUGCCGUCUCUUGACUGACUUUUUCUGUUAAAUUCUUUUGGAAGUUUUGCUAACAUUGAUUUUUUUUCUUGAAAUCUUUAUUCUUCUUGGCUUUCUAUGACAUUGACAUUUUAGGUACCAGGAACCGCCUUAUCGCACGAUGGCGCAGCAUCCAGUAGUGAUCAACGGAGCGUACUUGUUUGUGUGCCAAAUAUUUACGGACCACAUCGAGUUUUACGGCAUGGAGUAAGUUUGAGCUUCCUUUUUUUACUCUAGUUACAUGGUAUUAAGUAUAUAAGAUACGUACACCAUAGUAUAUCAUAGGUAUACUAAAAAGUAUCUUAAAUUUUUGCAAACAGUUGUAAGUUAUAUUAUACAAUAAUUUAGGUAUCCAAUGGUUAUGAGAAAAGACGAGUACAGUUGGCGAAUCCACAUCACGUUCAAGAAAGAGUUGACGCCGGAAGAGGUGAAACGCGCCUUUAUAUACAAUGGCUACAUCUUCAUUGAAAAGGACAGAGUUUUUGACAUUGAAAACAUGUUACGUGAUGAAGUCUUAGAUAGUGUCAAGAUCAAGGGGGAGGACAGGUAUGUUUUGUUUUUUAGCCAUUUUGAAAGAUUGGAGAGCAGUUUUCACCUAUUGUAUGUUUGGAAAUGUUGUUAAAUGUAUAAAUGACGUUUUUUAUUUUUAAAAUUUUAUAAAUAAUGUUUUUCAGACCUGGCAGAGCCACUAUGCUUUUCAACGAAGAGAAGACUUUUAAUGAUAUCGUCGGCGAGAAAAUAUCUUCGGAUCUUGUCAAAGGGAUUGAAAAAUUUUGUUUCGUAUGUACUGUUUUUGGAUUGUUUUUUUUAUUUUUUUAGCCUUUUCAUUGUUUAGAGUUUUUUUUAUUUACAGUGGAAGAACUCCUAUGUAACGAAUUGCUCGGGUAUUUGAAAGUUGUUCGUUAUAAAGGUUUGUUAUACAAGAGUUACACUGUAUUUUGAUUUAUUUUUUGCGGCUUGAAAGGCAGGCCUACCUGUAACUCUUUAAGAACAAAUGAUUUUUAUAAUUCAGAUGUGGUUUUAGAAUGGAGAAAACAAGUCUUGUACUAUUGAUGUGAUGGGCGGCUACAUUACCCCGGUCGAUUACACUGGUGUGGUCUUUACCAUUAAAGAUUUGGUUGUCCAAGCUAGAUGGGUAAAGUAAGUUGGCUUUUGAUAGAUUUGAAACUACUUGAUCAGCUCGGCUUUUAAUUGGCUUUUUCAGACAAUAUUGCGACUACCUUCCCGAGUUUUUCAUUCGUCAUUUGCAUUUUCCUCCGAAGUAAGUUUUAGAGGAUAUACGAAUUUGCAUAUUUUUGACAAAUUUGCAUGUUUUAAGUUUAUAUUUAUAUAUUUUUAUAUUUUUUUACAAUUACCUUUGGUUUGGUUUUGCGCAACCAGUGGUAUAGUACGAAAAUGCGAAUUGCUUACCAGCGUUUUUCGUUGAUUUAGUCCAAUGAUUUUCGUCAAAAAUGUUUUAAAUGAAGCACGACUCUUUUUUUGGUUAAAAGGUUAAAAAACGGGUUUUUUAAUUAAUUUUUGUCUUAGUUUCUUUAUUAGAGAAAGAUAUAAAAAAAGUAGCUUUAUCUCAAUAAUUUUUAAUUUCAGCAAAGUGCUUCAGUUUGGAAGAGUGGCGGACUUGCAGACCCACACGCAACACUUGGAAUGGGUACAGUAAGUUUUUAAAAUUUAAAAAUAAAUAACUCUUUAAUUAUUCAUGUUAAUUUUCAGAAGCAUAAAGGCUAUGAAAGACCCUCACUACACUUAUAUCCGCAACAUGAUCAUGCCCAUAAUUCAGCCAAACGAUCCUAUUCAUGAGUUUGCCAACAAAUUUACGACCCCUGCUCCGAAGGAUGCCACUGCCACCACGAAAAAUUUUAAAAACUUUACCAUGAGACCGAUUCAGGCUAUCACAAGGAACCCGAAUGACACGGAUAACGAUGUUAUAGAAUAUGUGGUUGAGGAUGAUGAGACUUCGACCGCGGAUCCAGACUAUGUGCUUGAAGACCUGACUGAAGACCCUCUCGAUGCUUCGUACGACUUGAUGGUGCCAUUGGCCAACAUUUGGUUGGGAUUCAUGCUGCUCUGGGGUUGA